GGGACACCCAAUCAAAGGAAGCAGAUUUGAUGACGUAUAGAGAAAUCUGGUAUAAAAUUGUUGUGAAUGAAGGGGAUAGUACCAGACAAUCUCAGGAAUUGUUUCAUUUAUACUGUUCCAGUACUCCAAAAGGUCAAUAUGUACCGAUAUUGUGUAGUUGUUCUUUUGGCUGCUUGUGCGGCUGCCAUCCCAAGAGCCCACAAACAUGGUCAUAUUGGUCAUGGACCAAUUCACGGUCAGCCCAUUCACCAAGGUCCUGGACUACAGAAUAACUUCCUUUGGAACGGUAUAAAUGGCGGACGUCGUUUCACAGCAUCCGGUGGUCACGUGUCAAAAUCCCUCACCCAUCAUGGCAAAUCAAUCCACGUGGAUGAUGGACGCAGCACCGCUACCGCCACCGCCCAUCACGACGGCACAUUCAGCGCUAACGUUGUUCCCAACCAAUUUAGGGGCGGUGUUCAUCCUGGAGCUGUGCGCCCUCUGGGAGCUCUCGGACCUUUUGGUCAACGUGGACCUUAUCCUCCAUACAGUCCUUAUGGUCAUUUUAACCCUGCUGGUCAUCUUGGCCGAGCUGGGAGACACUACUUCCCCAGAGUCCACGGGGGUUCGGUACAUCCUGGACGUCGUGGCCGAAAAACAUACUAAAGGAACGGUGUUCAACAGGGAAUGGUAUAGGAGUAAUAUGUGUGUCUGGUAUAAUGAAAUUAAAACUAUUACACGAA